AUGCCCGUCGAACUCAAGGGAAGCUGCCACUGCGGCGCUGUGAAAUUUAGUGUCCAAUCUAGCACUCCUGUAGCAUACCAACUUUGUCUGUGCUCUAUCUGUCGCAAAGUCGGCGGUGUGGGCGGCUCGAUCAACCUGGGCGCUCACUCCAACACCCUGAAGAUCGAAGGGAAGGAGAACAUAUCGAUCUACAAAGCUGUCAUGAAUCGCGGGACCCCGAAGGAGUCGAUCGCCUCCUCGGAGCGGAAUUUCUGCAAAAAAUGUUCGGCCAUGCUUUGGCUAUACGACGAGACUUGGCCCGAGCUCCUGCAUCCGUUCGCGUCCGCGAUCGACUCGCCUGAAUUGAAGAAUCCAGAGACGCUCAUCUGUCUUUUGAAGGACUCCAAGCCUGACUAUGUCCGGCUGCCCGAGGGCCCGAAGGAAGUUUACGACGGGUAUCCCGAAUUGUCCAUUGAAGACUGGCACAAGAAGCACGGAGAGUACAUCCCCUGA